AUGUCUGCAAAUAUCCCGGCCUGGAAACGAUUGGGCCUCAAGCUCAAGCAGCCCGCAUCCGGCUCAGAGAUUGGCGGCCCUGCUGCUGGCAACGCCGAGGGAUCGAAGCCCAACGGUCUACAACACCACGACGGCCGGAACGGCGUCAAUGCGGCGAACGCCGCCAGCGCCUCCGCCGCCGCCGCCAAAAGGAAACGUCCCGAGCACUUCUCGACUCCCCCUGCGUUCAGCUCCCCCCUCAAAAGGACCCGCACCGACGACCAUGCUUCCACACCCCCGACCCUGAGGAAGCAGAAGUCCGUCACCUUCACCGACGACACAAAGAACCCCGAGUCGACGAGGAACGACGCCGCCAAGAAGAAGAAGAAGAGCAGCAAGCCCGCGAAACAGCAGCCACAGGCCGACAUCAAGCCCUCCCUCGAGUAUCUCAGGACCUGGAAGCACGCCCGCGACUCGUGGAAGUUCAACAAGAACUGCCAGACCAUCCUGAUGAAGCGAGUCUUCCAACCCGACCAGAUCCCGUCGAGUGAUAUCAACACCUUCUACGACUACAUCCAGGACCUCAAGGGCUUCACAAGGAAGAGGUUGAGAGAGACGGCGGCAGAGGUCCAAAAGGAGGACGCCUCGAAGGGCAAGGCUGCCUUCCCUGAAGGCACGCCGGACAUGGAUGUCAAGCAGUCCGAGUACGAGAAGGUUCUCGCUGGCCUGAUGCAGCUCGGCUCGGAGAGCAAUGGCAAGAGAAAGAGGUUCGACGAGGGCGGCUUCGUGACCCAGUCCACCGAUGUUGCGAUCACGCAGCGGGUGAUCAAGCGCAUGCGCGCCGAGACGAUAUUGGAGGAGCUGGCGGAGAGCGAUGACAGCGACGCAAUGACCAUUGACACCGAGGAGACGCCUGCCGUAGUGGCGCAAGCAGCCUCUCAGGAGGAGGCUGUUGACAAGAGGGUGAAGCUCAACGACGGGACGAAGCAGAAUGCCCCUCGUCGUCGCAAGCAGCGUACGGCGAACAUGGACGAUACCAGCUCGGACGAGUCUUCCGACGAUGACGACGACGACGACACGAGCAGUGACAGCGACUCGUCGGACGACGAGUCUGAUAACCAGUCUGAGAUCCAGCGCCAGGCUGCCCAGAGAGACGCCGAGACAUCCAGCAGCUCCUCCUCAUCUUCAGAGGACGAAGAUGACAGCGACGACGAUGACAGCUCGGAAGAGGAAACGGCGAAGAAGCCCGCCGGCAAGAGGAAGUAA